AUGUCAGAUAGUGUUGACCGCGUUUUCAUUAAGGCGAUUGAAACGAUAAGAGCUUUAUCAUCAAGGUCUAAUUAUGGAUCAUUACCAAGACCACCAGCAGAAAAUCGUGUAAAAUUGUAUGGAUUAUAUAAACAAGCAACGGAGGGAGAUGUCAAAGGUUUAAUGCCACGUCCAGUUGGAUUUUCUGCCGAAGAUGAAGGUGCUAAAAAGAAAUGGGAUGCUUGGAAACGUGAAGAAGGAUUACCUAAAACUGAAGCUAAAAAGAGAUAUAUAUCAUUCCUAAUUGAAACAAUGAAAAUAUAUGCAAGUGGAACAUUAGAAGCAAGAGAAUUAUUACAUGAAUUAGAAUAUCUUUGGGAUCAAAUUAAAGAUUUACCAAUAUCCGAUGAUGAAAAUGAUCAUCAUAUACAAUUUCCUUCAAGUGCUCCACUGUUUAGUCAAUUAGAUAGGUUUUCAAAUAGAACUCCAAGUAUUGGUGGAGGAAAUACUAUAAGAGGUGGUACCCAUACUGUUGCACUGAAUCUUAACACAAUUUAUUCACAUUCAAGAAGAAAUACCUCAUUAUCGUUAAAUGAUUAUGUACAACAACAAAGACAACAACAACAACAACAACAACAACAUGAAUUUGGAGGUCCAGGUUCAUUACAUUCAUUACCACCAAGAACCAACAAUGUAAUUGAAGACUUCAAAAAUUGGCAAGGUGAAGUAAAUACCAUCAUAAAUAGAUUAACAAGAGAAUUUGUUAAUAGUAGGAAAGAUCAACAAAAUCAAUAUUAUAGUGAUAAUGAAUCGGAAGAACCAUUAGAUGAAUAUGAAAUAACGAAAAGAAAAAUUUUGCAUAUCCUAAAAGUUAUUGGAUUCAACGCUUUAAAAUUUUUAAAGAAUUUUGCUGUUAGUUUAUUUACAAUAUUAUUUAUAGUAUGGUUUUUUAAAAAAAAUGUAAUUGUUAAAAGAACAUUAGUUAGACAACCAAUGACAAAUAAUGGUAAACAAAAGAAAGAAUUGAUUAUAAAUAUGGUCUUAAAUACUGAUGAAAAUAAAUGGUUUAUCAGAUUAUUAAGUUUUAUAAAUAGUUUUGUUGGAUUUGUUUAA